CAGGUACAGGGGUAAAGUAAGAGCGCAGCUUGCCUGCGCCAUGGUAACGUUUGUCACUACAGCAGGUAUGGAUGUUCACUUUGGGGGCUUGGCAGUCCAGGCAGCCAUGCAGCGGGCGGCUAGCUAGGGAACGAACGCAGUUGUCACCCCUUUCAGUAGAAUCUGAUCGGAGUACACAACCUACAAGAUGGAGACAAAUGAAGCUCCCUCUAUAUUGACUGACGAAAAAAUGGACAACAACACUAGAAAGAUCCGUCUGAAACGGGAGCUCGGCCUGAUAAGUGCUGUGUCAAUGAUAACUGGUGCAAUGAUUGGCUCUGGGAUCUUCAUGUCUCCUCAAUGGGUCCUGUAUUACAUGGGGAGUCCUGGGGCUAGUCUCCUAAUAUGGGCAGCUUGUGGCCUCCUGGCUAUGCUAGGAGCUCUAUCCUAUGCUGAACUUGGAACUGUCAUCAAGGAAUCUGGAGGAGAAUACAUAUAUAUUUUAAGGAAUGUGGGCCCCUUACCUGCCUUCCUUCUGUCUUACACCACAGUCAUUGUGUUGAAGCCGGCUAGCAUAGCUGGUAUCUGCCUAAGUUUUGCAGAAUAUGUUGUCGCUGCUUUCUUCUCAGACUGUUCUUCUCCACAAGUCGUCCUUAAGUGCACAGCAGUGACCUGCGUCCUGGUCCUGGGAAUUAUCAAUUGCCUAAAUGUCAGACUUUCCAUGUCCAUCAUGAAUUUAUGCACAGCCACUAAGUUGAUAGUCCUGGUUGUAAUAAUUGUGGGUGGUGUAGUCCUUUUAGUCAAGGGCAACACUCAGGUUUUACAGAACGCCUUUGAAAACACAGCCGCUGGUUUUGGUCCUGUUGGGGUGGCGUUUUAUCAAGGACUCUGGUCCUACGAUGGAUGGAAUAAUCUGAAUUGUAUUACAGAGGAACUGAAGAACCCUGAGGUGAACCUUCCUCGAGCUGUGAUGAUUGCAAUCCCUCUUGUCACGUGUAUUUACCUUCUGGCUAAUAUCAGCUAUUUUGCAGCGAUGACUCCACAGGAACUACUUACAUCAGAUGCUGUCGCCAUCAGUUGGGGACUGAAGGUGCUGGGGACGUGGACAUGGAUUAUCACUGUGGGUGUUGCAUUUUCUACUUUCGGCUGUGCAAAUGGAACUCUCUUCAGUGGAGGACGAGUGUGCUAUGUGGCGGCCAGAGAAGGACAUCUGCCAGACUCUCUCUCCAUGGUCCACGUGAACCGCUUAACGCCAUCUCCUGCCCUCAUCUUCACAUGUGUAAUCUCAAUAAUAAUGAUAAUUCCUGGAGACUUCAGUAGCAUUGUAAACUACUCCGGCUUUGCGACCUGGAUGUUCUACGGUACUACAAUCUUUGGCCUCAUAUAUAUGAAGAUUAAAAAGCCGGAUGUUCCCAGACCAUAUAAGGUUCCCAUCAUCAUUCCAGUGAUAGUGCUCAUUGCCUCCGUCUACCUGGUGUUGGCCCCGGUUAUUGACAGCCCUCAGAUGGCCUAUCUCUACGUUGUCCUCUUCAUCCUUAGUGGAGUAAUAAUUUACAUUCCGGUUAUCCACUAUAAAUGGUCUUCAGGGUGGUUCCAUUCUAUCACGCUCCAUCUUCAGCUCCUGCUUCAAGUUGCACCAACUGAUAAAAAUGACUGAGAUGAGGUUUCUCUUUUAGGGCAGGGUCAGACAUGGCGCAUCCGCAGCAUAUUUCACACUGGGGAUGUGCUGUCCACAGUCAGAGAGGGACUGCAGAGCGAGCUCCCAGCUGUGGAGAGGCACCUCUGUUUGUUAGCUCAUAGCAGCGGAUUUCUACAGCGGGAAAUCUACAACAACGAGUGGACACACAGAUCUACCCGGUCACAGCCAGGAGAUUGCUCUGCAGUGCCUCUCUCUGACUGCCGUCUUCCGUUGCCCCAUGUGACCCUGCCCUAAAGAAUAUUGGGACCUCAUAUAUUUAAUUUUUCUAGUAAUGCACCACAAUGUGUUGUUUAAUUGGUACUUUAUGGUCAACACUAAGAUAUUUCACCAGCGGUUCUCUGGUUUACAGAAGCCAUUGUCAAAUACUCUCUCCAGGUAUUCUGGGUUAAUGGGGGGGGGGGGGGGUGCGCAGAAAGUCAUUUCAAAGAUUAUCCUUUAAACUAUGUUUAUAUGUUUACACAUCCUUUUUACGGAAUAUUUUGAGGCAUAAAACUGCGUCUCUAUGUAUUUCUAUGGGAAAAUGCUUGUCAGUUCACAUGUAGUUUUUUUUUUUUUUUUCUUCUAUUGUGGCCAUAAAAAUAAAAGUACAUGGUAUUUAGGCUCUAUGGCUAUGUUUAAGCGUAUUAUUAGCCUGAAUAAAAAAAAUACACUUUGUGAAUAUGAAACCAUUGAUUUCAAUCAGAACUUUGUAGUCAAGGGCAGAACUACUGUAGUAACGGCAAUAGUGGCUGCUAUGGGGCCCCACAGGGUCCGGUGGGCCUGAAACAGGCAUACAAUAUUCCCCCAGGCUUUUGGUAUUAUCUGCGGGUGUGAUCUCAUUUCUGGCUUUUAAGGUGUGGUCAGGGAACCAUUGUUUUUUGCCCCUGCUGUGAUCUUUACUCCCAACCUCAGGAACUAUUAUUUCUGUAGUAUUUUUAAUGGUAUUAGGCAGUUCUUUAGGUACACUAUUGGGGGCACAUAAAAUACUCUUUUUGAAUAUAGCCUUUAAAGGGGUACUCUGCCAGAAAACGUCUUAUCCCCUAUCUAAAGUAAAAGGGAUAAGAUGUCUAAUCGCUUGGGUCCUGCCGUUGGGGACCCCCAUGAUCUCUGCUGUGGCACCCCAGUCAUCUGGUGCACGGAGUGAACUCCGCUCCAUGCCAGAUGACUGGCUACUGCAGCUGCCACGCGCCCUCCAUUCAUGUCUAUGGGAGGAGGCGUGACGGCUAGGCACUAGCUGCUAUGCCCUCUCCAAUAGACAUGAAUGUAGGGGGCACUGUGUGGCCUCACAAACACAGAAGCUCCAAGCUUCCAUGUUCCGAAUGCUGCCGCUGCUGGUCUGGAGAUCGUGGGGGUCCCCAGCAGCCCCUCAAUCCUUGCACAUGCGCUCGAAACAA